AAAUCAAAUAUAUUUUUUAAAUAUUUGUCGUAUCGGAGUUUAAUUGUAUAUUUAAUUUUUUUUUUUAUUUAACAUCAGACUAUUCCGAGAAAUAUCAUUCAAAAAAAUAAUAAUAAUAUAUGAUUUUUUUGGUCCACACACAGAAGAUUUGUCGUUGAACCUGUUUUUCUCAUAAAAAAAAAAAAAAAAAAAAAAUGUCUUGUGCCGCUAUGAUUUUGCAAUAUCCGCUUUUAAUAUAAUUAGCAUUAUUUAAUCGUAAAUUUAUUAAAGUUAAAAAAAAAGUAAAAUUCCAGUUUUCAGUCAAAAACUAAUAAAAUUAAAAAAUAAAAAAAAAUUCUCACAUUUAUCUACAUAUUUAAAAAAAAAAAAAAUAAAUCAAUCCAUCCAUCGAAAUUCAUUAAAAAUGCAACAAGAAACUAAGAAAAUUAAGAAAAAAAAAAAGGCAAAAAAAGGAGUAAAAAUGACGAUUGAACAACGAGUUAAUUUGUUGAAAGAAAAGAGUCAACGUGAGUGUAAAAUGGGUACAAUAAAUAGCAAAAUUUUAGAUGAUUUUUGGUAUGAAAUAAUGACUCAAUUCAAGACGUCUGACAUAAGAAAGGACAUCCGGAUCAUCAAAAAAUUUAUUCAGCGUGGCCUUGACAUUAUGGAUUUCAGGAUAAUUGGAUCAAUAGAAGAAUGGGAUGAAGCCGAAUUGUUGUAUAAAAAAAAUUUUGCCUCACACGUAGAAAAUAUUGAAAGAUUUGAAAAAAUAUAUAAUCAAAGAUUAAAUGCUCAGCAAGAAUUUUACAAUGAUAAAAUGAAUUUUCUAGUCAAUGAGGCCGAUGUAGAUACUGAUAAAAUUCAUUCGGUUCACAGUGAAACCAUGAAUUUUUUACAAUCUGUUGUAAUAUCUGGAGAUAAAAAAAUUAAAAAUUCCUUACAAAAUACUCAAAGUGCAGUAAUAACCAAGUUGGACAACGCAAGAGAAGACGGACAAAAUUUUAAUGAAAUGGCCUUAAUUGAAUUGGAAAGAAAAAUUUUUAACUAUCAAAAUGAUUUUAAUGAUGUUGUAUCAAAAUAUCAUAACGAUACACGAGAACGUCUUGUGUUGUUUGAAAGACUCAAAAAAAAUGAUACAAAAGAUCAGCAAAUAAUGAUAAGUCAAUCAUUACAAAUUGGUCAAUUAAUUAAUUCAAUUAAUAAACUGAAAGAUAUGAUUGUACAGUUGAAAAUUAACAUUGAUCAAAAAAUUAUAAAUAUUUCAUGUAAGAAAAAUUCAACUGAAGAAAUUUAUAUGGAAAUGAAAGAGUGUUUUCGUCAAGACCAAGAAAAAUGUAAAAAACGAUUAACUAUUUUAACGAAAAAUUUUAAUUCAACAAUGGAAUAUCUUGGAGGAUUUGCAAAAAAAACUCGGCUGUUAAUUGAUUUAAUUAAAAUUUGCCAAAAAUAUGAAAUGCAAAGUGACAAAAUUUUACCACUUGGAUAUAAUCAGAGUGAAAAAGAAAGAGGCUUUGAUUUUUUUUGGUAUCGAGUUGGACUAGUUGAGCAUGAUACAAUAAAUUUAAAAAAAAAAUUAAAUAGAUUAAAAUUACAAUCAAAUUGUUUAAAAUCACAAAUAAGAUAUAAAUUUGAAAAUCAAUGUAGAGAAAAAUCUUUCAAACAUCCUCAAAUUACUAACAAAAUAUUGAUGUUGAAAUAUAAUAUAUCUAAGUAGAUCAAUUAUUAUUAUUUAUUUAAAUUCUUAAAAAAAUAAAUAGUUUAUUCAAUUUAAUAAAGUAAAUAAGUGUUAUACCAUGUA